AGUAAGAAGAACGAGAUGGCCGUUGGUGCGUAGAAAAAGGAUUCGCGAGAGCGUUAACGAGCGAGAAGGCCUGUCUGAUCGUCGGAUGAUCGUGCAAGCUGAUUUUUAUCCACGAAAUUCCUGAGCGUCAAGAAGCCGAAAGAAUGUAACGGCCAGUGAAGACGACGCGUACUCUUAGUGGGGCAGUCCAGCGUGCAAGACUGUGUAGUCCUGAGUAUUAAUAGUCUACGGAGCGUGGACCGAGUACCGUUAAGGCCGAAUACGAUACGACACCGACGUACCCUUUACUAACGGGGAAUGCCUUGUAAGAUUGAAAGGCGCAUGGACCCGACCGAUACCGACGCUGACGCCGACGCCGACGCCGACGCCGACGCGCGACGGAUCAUCGAUACACCGGCAGGCGCGGUACACCAAACACAACCAAACGAGAAUUAUCCCGCAGACUAGGCUUGGAAACUCUUCUUUAGAGAAACAGUUUCAAACGAUCGAUCAAUAUUUAUUCGCCAAUCACCUUGGACAGUUGGAAAACAUGUUCUUUUACUUGCGUUAAAAGUCCAAGAUUUCCAAGUUUAUUUAACUGUUCGACAACUGGUCCCUAUUAUACAUAUUAUAUUAAACGUAGACAUUUAUAAACAUGAUGCUUUUGUGCGUAUCAUCAUUUGCUGACGAAUUCCAUGAAACGAAGAGCACCAAGUCGAACCAAGAGGAAUCGAGCUCGGAAUCGAACGAGCCACCGGAAGGAUAUUACGCCUUUGUCAAGUCGCCCAAUGCCGAACCGCCAAAAGUGAGGCCACCGCCUUAUAUAGACAGCGAUAAGGAGUGUUACGAUACGGGCAAGCAAGGAAAAGGUUUCGUCUCCGUGCACAAUAUUUGCGGUGACCUGAACAAGGGCUACAUCCCACGGAAUCCGAUGAAUCAGUACUUGAACGGAUCCUCCUAUCCUUUUGCUCUGUUGAAAAAUCACACCCUCAAGUUCUUGAGCAAAGCUCUGCCCAUACUCAAAGCCGACGAUUCCCUACCGAAGGUCGCCACGGUUCAAUCCUACUCGCAAAAUUCCGUGGACACUGACGAGAAACGAAGCAGAAGCAAACGAUCCUCCGACUCGGAAACGAGUCUGGACUCGCUACGAAACGGUCGAAAAUUCUGCGAAAAUGGCGGAGGAGUGGUCUGCAUGUUGUACAAAGCCAUACAAGGCGAACCAUUGGCUACGUCGAUAGCCGAACGUCGAGACGAACCACCUACUCCGGAGUACCGCCAACGAACACCAGCCGCACCGGAAAAACAGGAGUACACAGGCCCACCCACACCUUGUCCAGCCAAAGUGGAGUACGCGACGCCAGUUUUCGCCAAGAACUAUCAAGGAGUUUGGCGAUACGUGGUCCAGAUCCCUUACGAGGGCUACUUCACGCAGACUAUCGAAGUCACCAGAUGCAUGCAAUCAAAGUGUCAUUACCUGGACGGUGGUUGCCUGUCGUCGCCGCGAUGGACCAGUCUACUCGUGGCGGAAAUCUUCUAUCCGGACACUGUGCUGGAAGAGAAUCAGAACUCGCGAUUCAAUGGACUCGGAGACGCUACUGGAUCGCCGCCACCUGUUCACGAUUUCCAGAAUUAUCAGCAGUACUUGCAGAAACGUGCGGGCGAGAACGAGGCUCGUAACAACGGAGGUUCGCAACAACAUCAUUGCGAUGGCGUCGACGAAAUGGGCUGCUUCCAGGUGAGACUGUACUACGACUGGUUUCUGGUACCAGGUAGUUGCAAGUGCUGGCGUCCCGACUACUUUAAUCGGUACGUACGUCGAAGCGGGACUAACGUUGAAUUGUGAUAUCGAAUCGUUGCGAGUGUUAUCGAUCGAU